CGACAGCUAUCGAACCGCGGUCUGACUAACGUGGAGUGACCCAAGGACUUUGCAAAAGUGCCAAUGUUGUGGUGUGAUUCCCUGUAAUCCUCGAAUCCGCCCCGAUCGCUCCUUCCACCGUUCUCACACCACCAUGCUCAACACCAGAUGCCUCUCACGCGCCACCAUUCGAGCUCCGCAUGCACCGCGGACAUGUAGGAAUAUCGCGACACGGCCGCGGGGUCCACGGGUGCGCGCAGCAACACAUAGCUAUGCUCAGCGCCGCCAGCAGCAUUUUGUCCGUUCAGUCGUGACCGUCACUGCGCUCUGGGCCACGGCCUCAGCAUUUCAAUAUGUCAACGGCACGGUGGUGGGCGAGGUUCACGCCGAAGAGCAGAAGGACGAGGAGGAAGUCAUGACGUUUGAGGCCCCAAGGAGGAAGCCGAAGUCGACCGACGACAACAGGAACAUGAUUAGCUCACAGCACUUGCAAGUGCAGCGGAGCUGGGAGAACCCGGGAGUGUUCGCCUGGGGUUCGAACACUGGAAAGACAGUCGCACCAGACUCGGACGAGAAGUUCAUCAAGACGCCGCGGCGCAUCAAAUUCUUCGACGGCAAGCUAUUACGAGACAUCAAGCUGGACAGGAACUUUGGCGCGGCCAUCGACGAGAAGGGCGACCUGCUACAGUGGGGGACGGACUUCUCGGCCGCUGUCACAGAACCUACACCGACACUGCGCGGCAAGAACCUCAAAUCGCUAGCCAUCUCUCGCGACCGCAUCAUCGCCCUCUCUUCCAAUGGCUCUGUAUAUUCGAUACCCGUCUCGCAGAAGGAGCAACAGGAGGGCCCGAAGCCAGCGUCCACAUCCUGGAUUCCCUUCUGGGGCGGUCCAAACGAUGUCUCCUACCGCACACGUACACCUGAGAAUCUGGCGUGGAGCGAGAAGGUCACUGACGUCAAGUCAGGGCUUGAGCAUGCCCUGUUGCUUACCUCUGCUGGACGAGUGUUCUCCCUCGCUUCCGGCACACAAAAUUUCCCUAGCAAGGGCCAGCUUGGUAUCCCCGGCCUGACUUGGGCGUCAAGACCAAAGGGUCCAAUGGACAUGCCGCAUGAGAUCACAACGCUCAAAGGCUUCCCCAUCUCUAAGAUCGCGACUGGUGACUACCACAGUCUGGUCUGCGAUUCAGCAGGACGCGCCUUCUCUUUUGGCGACAACACCUGCGGUCAACUUGGCUUCCCUUUCAACGCGGAAGCGCUCCACAUCGACGCGCCUUCUCUUCUACCCACACAGAAGCUCUAUGCCGGUACCGCCCAACAAGGCAAGAUCACAAAUGUCUUCGCCGGCGGCAACACUUCCUAUUUGACCGUUGAAGCAAGCAAGCCCAACGAAGAUCGCGUCACAGCCGACACCUUCGCCUUCGGCUUCGGCCUGACGGGCCAGCUUGGUACGGGGCGCUGGGUCCAUACGCAGCCCGAUCCUACGAAGGUCCCCGCUUUCUCAGGCCUUUUUGAGUGGGACGAGAAGGCCAAUACCGCCAUCCCCAUAAAACUCCACGCUAUCUCCGUUGGUUCGACACAUGCUGCAGCCGUCAUGGACAAUGUCGCAUCGGUCAUCACUGCAGCGAAGCCGAGGAAGCUCACCGAGAACGAUACUAACUGGGGUCGCGACAUCCUGUUCUGGGGCAACAACGAGUUCUAUCAGAUCGGCAGCGGCAAGAGGAACAACGUCGCGACACCAACAUACAUCCAGCCGCUCGAUCAACAGGCGGAGAACGACCGCGCAGCGAGCGUGUCCAUGAUCGGGAAGAUGCGCGAGAAGGAGAUGCACAGAUUCCAGAUCUCGCCCCGCGCGAAGGUCAAGGUCAACGGACGAAAUGUUGAGAUCGAGCAGAAGGUCGAGUGUGGACGGGGCGUCACCGCCGUGUACUCUGCUGUAUAAUGGGACGCAUUCACUGCGCGCGCGAAGCAUAGAUUACCGCUUCGCACGAAUCAAGGCUGCGUGCCUCCACUCACUUCUUGUAUAUUGAAACUUGUACUGGCGAGUCGGCAAGACUCGUGCAGUUGUUGUAGGAUCACGGGCGUUCAGCGUCUCUCCAAUGAAUGCAUCUCCCACUGCCGACUCUUCGCAUCUCCGUGAAUGUCACUGUCAGCUGCCAACUGCCAAAAUGCGGCUCGUUGCAUGAUGCCAGUAUCGCCUGACUGCCUCAGCAAAGCCUCAGCAAAGCCUCAGUGUCUGC